CUCAAUUUGCCACUUAGUUGGAUGAAUCCGGUGCAAGCUGGCUGGCAGGCGACCUUCCCUGCGGCAACGGCCGACACCACUCGAACCACCAACCAUCAUCAUCAUCCAUCUCUCAUCCACAAACAUCCCCUUUUUCCAUCCUCUCUUCUUUCUCUCCACAUUCCGUCCCAGCCUCUCUAGUCCAUCGCCACCGACGUCCCCCGCAAACAGCGCCCACUCAACGCCUUGCCUGCAUCUUCGGCCACAUACGCGCAUACAGGGUAGCGCACCCCGGGGUGGCGAACACCACCACCACAUCAUGGCCCUCGGGACGCCGUCGCGCGGCACGCGCCGCGCAACAACACGAAGACCCAAGCCGGCCGGUGCAGCAGCAUGGGUGAUCAUCGGCGCAACAGUGCUCCUUUGCUUCUUCGCUGCUCCCCGGUUACGUGAGUCGCCCGUUGCGUACAGCUCGCGGAUCGCCAAGCGCGCGCUCUCAUUAGAGGAAGGUGGUGGCGAACAUGGCGACAGUGGCGGGUCACUCCUCCAUAUCCCCUACGAGGAGAUGUUUGCCGCCACUCCGCCGGCACUGAGGCCGCUAUGUCUUGCGUUCUUCAUCCUCGUCCUCCUUUUUCUCUUCUGCUCGAUCUCGAUCACCGCAUCCGACUUCUUUUGCCCAAACCUCGCCAGCAUGGCCGCCUACCUGGGUCUAAGCGAGACCACUGCCGGUGUGACGCUUCUCGCGUUCGGCAACGGGUCGCCGGACGUGUUCAGCACAUUUGUCGCCAUGCGGGAGGGCACAUUUGGUCUUGCCGCCGGCGAGCUAAUCGGAGCCGCGAGCUUCAUCACCUCCAUCGUCGUAGGCAGCAUCGCCCUCGUCAAGCCUUUCCAGGUCCCGCGCUACGCGUUUCUUCGCGACGUCUCAUUCUUCAUGGGUGCGGUUUUGUUGUUCAUGUGGGCCCUCGCCGAUGGCCACCUGACCCUUCGCGAGAGCGGCGCCAUGAUCAGCCUUUACGCUCUUUACGUCGUCGUUGUCGUUACCGGUAACUGGUGGCAGCAACGCCGGCGGCGCAAGGAGGAAUACGCGCAGCUUGGGUGGAAGACGGCCCCACGGGACGAGGAGGAGGCCGCACCGCCAGUUGAGCAUGCCGACGCCCAGCUCAUCCCUCCCCCCGCAUCGCCCACUCUCGCCCCACCGCCCUUCUCAGCGGGACGGUUUGGACGCCGCGCGAGUAGCGCUUCUUUACAUCUAGCUACCCAUGAUUUGCCUGACGUUCACCCGUUGGCGCAGUCUGCGCAUCUGGUCGACACUGGCAGCGACACUCCGCGUGCUGGCUUCUCCUUGCUCGGCGCCGUUGAGUUCCGCGACGUCAUCAACUCGCUCAAGCAGAGCGGUGACCUGCCAUCACCCGGCAGUUCACGGCACCCGUCUCGCCCCUCGACGCCCCUGCGAUCGCCCAUGCACGAUUCGGCCGAUUCUGACUACUUCCACUCACAUCGCACGAAGCAUCACCGACAUUCGUCCGUUCAGGGCCUGGCAGCGGUCGAGCGCAGAGUAUCAAUCACUCGGUCCCGCAGCGCGUCGCUCCAUCCAGCGUGGAGCGGCAAGUCGACGCGCCAGUCAACUCUCGAAGAUGCAUCGGUUCUUUCGCCUGUCUCCAGCUCGCCUCCGCAGCCGACAAGCGACCCGGAGGUCGAGCACAUUCCUCUGUCGGCGUCUCCUCGGAACAAGAACAAGUUGACCCUGGACAUUCCGCCGCAGGGGGUGAAUACCGUUGUGGCCUCUGCGUCCCCUCAAUCGACCGCUGCGACUCUCACACCUCGGGCAUUGGCCCCAGUGAGCGGGCUUACCACGCCCAUCAACAACGUUCCCCAGAUCGCUUUGCAGAACGAGGACGGUGUGGAGGAGACGCCUAUGAUGCCUCUCUCGCGGAGCCAAACGGUCGAGCUCGUGGCACGGCGGUCGCUGAACAAGGUGCGCAUCGUCUUGCACACACUUUUCCCUUCGCUGCAGGGCUUCAAGCAUAAGUCUAUCCUUGGCAUGGGUCUGGCUGUGCUUUCUGUCCCCGCGAUCUUUAUCCUCACCCUCACUCUGCCAGUGAUCGACGACGGUCGAUCAGACGAGGGCGGUGUAGUGCUACCCGGAACUGAAGACGAGCCGCUGGAUGACGCGACGCGCGAAAACGAAGAACGCCAGCACAUGUACCCGGACAUCAGUGGCGAGCUACACCACCUCACGCAUGAUGGGUACCCGCACCGACCAAGGAGCGAAGAUGGCGACACUGAGUCUUCAUGCUCGGCCUGCUCUGAAGAGGACGACUGCAUGGUGUUCAAUCCGAUCCUUACAGCGGCGCAGUGCAUAAUUGGCCCAGUCGUUUGCUCUUACCUCGUCUUCCAGGACGAGCCUUACCUGCUCUGGGUGCUCUUAGGAGCAGGGUUCGCCGGCUCCCUUGUGGCGGCCGCUGUCCUCAAGUUUGCGACAGACGGAUCCGCGCAGCCAUGGCGUCUUAUCCGAUGUUGCUGCGGGUUUAUCUGCAGCAUGGUGUGGAUCGGUGCCAUCGCGGACGAAGUGGUUGCAAUUCUUUCUACUUUUGGCGAGAUUUUCGGGCUCAGCGACGCGAUCAUCGGUCUUACGAUCUUCGCCAUCGGCAACUCGCUGGCCGACCUCGUGGCCAACGUAACGAUUGCGCAGUUCUCGCCCAACAUGGCAUACGCGGCAUGCUUUGGCGGUCCAAUGCUCAAUCUUCUUCUUGGCGUGGGCGCGGGUGGAUCAUACUCGAUCCUGUGGAGUCGGAGCCAUACACCAGUUGUGCUCGAUUUCAGCCCCACUCUUUGGGUUAGUGCGGUCGGCCUCGUGCUCGUGCUCGCGACUACAGCCGUCGUCGUGCCGCUCAACGCGUACCGCAUUGACAGGCGGUGGGCAUUGUGCCUGCUUGUCGCGUACGCCACGCUCAUGACGGUGAACGUGGUCGUCGAAAUUCGAUCUGAGCGUCGAGGUGGGAAAGGGAUAUAUUAGAAGUGUCUCAGGAUAGAAGGGUUUUUGCAGGGUAGUACUCUAGAGGGUUGGCAUACAUGAGCCAUGCAAUGUAUUACAGUGAAGUGUCGUCUGCUC